CCUUUUAAAAAGAUGUUGUUUUAGUAAAACAGUGCGGUAUGAUCAGUUUUUGUCAAAACGCCGACUAGCUAGCAGUGGAAAAAUAUGAUUUUUUUAUUGGGUCUGGUUUUCGGCGUCGCCGUCGUCUCGGGCGCACACUUACCGGACGGUGUAAAGUUGUGCCACAGGUCCGACCCCGAUUUUCAGAAAUGUGUCGCUAAAAGCUUGGGGGAGUCUCUCAAAUACUUCACAAACGGAUACAAAGAAUUAGGCAUCCCUCCCUUAAAACCCCUGUUCAUCGAAAAGUUGGAGAUAGAUCCGGAAGCAAAACAGUCCGUUUCAAUCCAACAGAAGUACCACAACAUCAAUGUUCAUGGAAUUACCGAUAGUACCUUUGACAAGUACUUUAAGAUUGAAUUAGACAACGGAUGCAGCUGGGUGACUGAUGCAUCAACACCUGUCGUUAGAAUGGAGGCAGACUACGAGAUAAAGGGACAGUUGCUGGUGUUUCCUAUCAAUUCACAUGGAAAGUGCAAUAUUACUCAGUACGACGUGGUAGACCGGCAUAUGAUGACUUGCGAAAAGUACACCAAAAAUAACGAAAUUUAUCUACGUGUCGUAAACUAUACUAUGGAUAUAAAUUCAGAAAGUAUCGUUUACGAUUUCGACAGCAUCUUCCCGGGCAACGAACAGAUUUCCAACGAGAUCGCGAAAACCCUCAACGAAAACUCCUUGUCGAUUUUCAACGAGGUGAAAGGCGGUAUAGAAAAGGCGUUUUCCUUUGUCUACAUGCAGUACAUGAACAACGUUUUCUCGAGAAUACCCUUGAAUCAGAUAUUCUUGGAUUAGUAAGGAGUCUUAAGGCAGUUGUACACGUAGCGAAAAAUCGUAGCGACUCUUCACAUAAAUCAAAAAAAUCUGUACAGAUAAAUUUCUACGUUUAUGGCUGUCCUUACCAAAUGUAUACUUUAUUUCCAAUUAGUGUGGUGUCUUUGUUUUUUUCUUUUAAAUAUACAUAAAAAAAUAA